AUGUCGGAGAUGCAACAGCUCAUCCAAGCGUUGCAAUCUCAAACCCAGCAGCUGCUGCAACAGCAGCAGGAGUCCCACGAGCAGAGGAUACAAGUGAUGCAGCAAGCACUGACUGCGCAGCAUCAGCAUUUCACGCAAGCGCUAGGCAAGUUGAGUUCCUCUGGUGAGCAAAGACUGGGUAGCCUUGUAGACGUUCGCGGUGUUGGGCAGCCUGAAAAGUUGACGGACAAAGUAGCUGAAAAAGAUUUCAGGGUUUGGAAGCUCAAGUACGUCAACUGGGUGCAAACCGCAUUCAAGUCGGCCGAAAAGUUGCUGACGGAUGUUCUUGACGACGAAACCUCAGUUGUAGAUGCUGCACGUUUUCAGAGUUUGACCAGCAAACAUCCGGAUGCUGAGCGGAUAUCUGCCCAUUUGAAUGCAACUCUUCUCUCCGUUUGUGAAGGUAAAGCUUUUGCUGUUGUAGAGAAGAGUUUCAAAGGGCCGAGUGCUGGUUUGGACGCGUUUCGUCGCUUGUGUCAUCGGUUUGAUCCCCAGUCAGAGGAGACAGAUCUUUCUUUGCUAACGCAGAUAGUGAACCUGGGUCCUUUCUCCAGCACUAACCCUACGGAGAUUCUUGCCGAGUUGGAGCGUAGGGAAGAAAUGAUGACCAAGCACGAAACACGCACGUUAGACACACUGUCUGAUGGCUUCAAGCACGUGAUGCUGUUGAAGAUGUUGGUAGAUCCCUUGAAGACACACAUGCAGUUGAACUUGAAAAGUUUCGACACGUAUGAAAAGGCACGUGCGGAGGUUGUGCACUUUCUUGAACUGCAAGCUCAGACCCAACUAGCGUCGCAGUCCUCGCAGUCGCUUUCUUCAUCCUCCACAGGGCCCGUGCCUAUGGACAUCGGUAGUCUCGCACAGCUUGGUGUCAAGUCUGUUGAGGAGUUGAGCUCUUUGCUUGCUUCCUUUUCCAAAGGAAAAGGAAAAGGUGCUCCGAACCCACAUGGCAAGACUCCUAGUGGCAAAGGGAAGUCUCAGAAGUUUACUGGUAACUGCAACUUCUGUCAUCGACAAGGCCACAAGGAGGCUGACUGUUGGGACAAGUACCCUGACAAAGCACCCAAAAGCAAAGGCAAGUCUAAGUCUAAAUCUAAGUCUGCGAAGGGCAAGGACAAGAGCUUGAACACGUUGGAUGAGUCCCCUCAGCAGCAAGAGCCGGUUGAAGCUGGCGGUUUUGAAGUAGACCUCGCGCACGUGGAUGGUGACCAUCAGUUUGUUGCUUCCCAGUCCUGGCACACUGUUCAGCAAGGUUGGUCGCGCGUGGAGCUCACUGUUGAUUCCGGAGCCGGGUCUACUGCAAUUCCGCCAUGCAUUGCGCCGAAAGAGCCUGUCCAAGUGAGUGAGACGAGCAAGCUUGGUGGCAUCUGUCACUUCGAGGAAGGGAACAGCUACAUCCAACCAAAGGGUUGUGGGAAGAUCUGGAUGGAAGAGACGAAGGGUCUUUACAAAGUUGGCGUGUGGCUGUCACCUUCCAGUGGUGUCUUGGGGCACGACACUGUAAGUCCUCAAGACGACGAGCACGGAGAUUCGGAGCAUGCUGAAGCGCAAGCUGCUACAACUCCCAAAUCUCCAGUUCUGCCCUCGGACUCGGAAGUCCGAGAGCAUUGUCUCACUCAUUUGCCUUUUCGUCCUUGGUGCCGCCAUUGCAUCCGGGGCAAAGCUCCAGCUUUGGCGCACAAAGAGCCUUCAAAUACGGAGUACACCAAGCCGUUGGUGGCCAUUGACUAUUGCUUUUUGAGCAGCAGCGAGGGAAACGCGAGCGAAAGUCCUGUGAUGGUUGUCAAAUCCAAGCCCGACCUGGCUGUCUUUGCGCGCUUAGUUCCCUCAAAAGGCUGUGUGCAUGAGUACAGUGUUCAAGCACUUGCUGACAUUUUCCGUGUGCUAGGCUAUCGCGAGUUUACACUCAAGACAGAUGGCGAGCCUUCCUUGGUGGCAUUAGCUCGUGCAGCAGUUGCCUUGCUUCCUGUUGAAGUCAAAGUUACCUUUGAGCACAGUCCCGUUGAAGAGAGCGAGGCCAACGGUUUUGUGGAGCGUGCCUGUAGAAGCGUGCAGGAACAAGCCCGCACAUUGCUGAGUAUGUUGCACGAACGUUUGCAGUGCGAGUUCCCGGCGAACCAUGCCAUUUUUCCUUGGUUAGUUCGGCAUGCGUCGUGGUUGUUGCAUCAUUUUCACAGAACGGCAUCUGGAAGGAGGGCAGCCAUCCGUAUGUCUGACGCCUUAAAGUUCGGUUUCACUCCACUUUGCGAUGGGUGUGAUAAGUUAAGGCGUGGCCUCUAUGGCAAGCAUAGUGAGGAGUGUAGGGCCAGGUUUGAAGCAGCAUGGAAAGCCAGCGGAGAUGAAGAACUGGUUUCCAAAGUCACUUCUGCAGACGGAAGACGUGACAAAUGGCUGGCCCGACAGGUGGAGAAGUAUGACGAGGAACAGAAAGCCGUGAAGCGAGCCAGAUUGGAGCAACAACCUGGUGAUGUGGCAGUGGCAGCUGAGUCAAGUGCAGCAGUGGACUCUGCUCAGGAGGCAAGGUCCCCAUCAUCCAAACGGCCUGCCGAGCAGCCGCCUGAAGCCAUGGAUGAGAGACGGACUGCAGAACCUGAGAGCUUGGGUCCGGAAGCUCAGACAGCGAUGACGGAUUCUUUCGAGAGCAUGCUGCAAGAGGCCAUCCUGAGUCAUCGGAGCGAAGUAUUCUCAAUGGAUGCUGCGGUUCAGGAGCCCAUUUGCGAUGAACCCAGUUUGUGUGAACAGAGUCAUAGCAAAGAUUGCUGGGACGAGUACUUCGAUGACGUCAGUGGCUUAGGACUCAACUCUCGCUUGGUAGAGAUUGCGAAAAAGGAGGAGCUGCGCAUAGCUGACGAGAUGGGCUUGUGGACGCCUGUUCUGAGGUCAGAACUGCCAAGUGGGACCAAAGUCAUACCUACAAGGUGGGUGCUGGUCAACAAAGGUGAUUCCAAAUCGCCCAGUUACCGCGCCAGGACUGUGGCGAAAGAAGUUAAGGGACACAAGCCAUCUGAGGUUGGUUUCUAUGCGUCGACGCCGCCAACAGAAAGCUUGCGAGCACUCAUUGCUGUAGCCUCUACUAACCCGGAGUAUGUCAUGGAUUUCGUUGAUAUUAGCCGUGCACAUUGGUGCGCAGACGCCACCAGGUAUGUUGUCGUAGAGCUGCCGCCCGAAAUGGAAAUGCCUGAACAUGUCGCUGUUUUGAAGAAGAGUAUGUAUGGCACAAGAGAUGCGGCCCACAACUGGGAGCAACAGUAUACCAAGGUGCUUCUCUCACUUGGGUUUUUACAGGGGCGCGCAUCCAGUUGCUUGUUUUAUCAUCCGCACAAAGACAUUCGACUUGAAGUUCACGGUGAUGACUUCGUGUCUGUGGCGAGAGCUCUAGACAUCAAGUGGCUGCAUGAGCGUUUUCGAGAAAUGUGGAAGUGCAAGUUUUGUGCGACACUUUCAAGUCCAGGACAAAGUGUUCGAAUCCUUGGCCGCUUGCUGUCUCGUGAGAAUUCUGGCUACUCCCUAGAAGCGGAUCCUCGUCACGCAGAGAUCUUGAUCAGCAGCUUGGGCCUGAAGAAUGCCAAAGGCUUGAGCACGCCAGGCGUGAAGCUGCAACCCGAAGAGGAAGCAGAGCUGACGCAGAAGCGGCUCUCACCUGCAGAUACCACUCUGUUCAGGCUUGGUCGUUACUUGAUCUCGCAUCGCCGUAUGCUCUUGUGGUUCGAAUGGCAAGACAUGCCAAGAGACCUGGUUGCAGAGGUUGAUGCUGAUUUCGCAGGGUGUGGCAAGACUCGGAAAUCCACUAGUGGUGGUGCCGUGUUUUUCGGAAGUAGCCCUUUGAGAAGCUACUCUUCGAACCAAGCGGUGAUCGCCUUGUCAACUGGAGAAUCCGAGUUUUACGGCAUGCUGAAGGGAUGCAGUCAAGCCAUGGGUUUGAGAAGUCUCUUCGCAGAUAUCGGCGUUGAAGUCGGUAUCCGAUUGUGCACAGACAGCUCUGCCGGGAAGGCGUUGGCAGAAAAGAAGGGACUGGGCCGGGCGAAGCAUCUGGAGACCCAGUAUCUUUGGUUGCAGGACAGAGUAGCCAACAAAGAUGUAAAAGUGUUUAAAAUAUGUACAGAUGUGAACAGGGCUGACAUGUUCACAAAGCAUUUGCAUGAAGCUCGCGCUUCUGCGUUGUUGUCGGCCAUGAACUGUCGGUUCUCGACAGGCAAUCACUCACUUGCGUUGGCUGUGACUUGA